AAAUUUAUUUCAGUUUUGAGUUGAGACCGAGAUCCUGGUCUGCGUUACCGCGCGCAUUUUUUAGUCCUUAAUUUAUUGUCGUUUUCGAAUAAUUUGCAUUUAAAUCAAAAUAAACUCGGGUCUACUGAAUCUCUUAUACGUUCAUUUUCCGUGAGUCGUGUAUUUAGCCGCUCCUCUUCCUAACCUAUUUUUUCUAGAUGGUUUUUCUAACUGGUGAACACAAUUCAACAGCAAUGGACACGACAAUCCAGGACAAAAUCAGCCAAAGUUUGGAAAAUAGCAGAAAUUGCUUGCGCCGUAUCGCUCGGAACGAUGAUACAGAGAGUUCAUCCCACAGUAUCAUGAAUAUCAUCGAGAAAUUUGUGAAGACCGUCAACGUCAUGGAUGAGACUAUCCUCGUCCCAUGCCGAUUGAUGGACUUAAAAGUUGGAGAUGACCAGGAUCCUACUUGCGACAAACAAAACGGCAAAAACAAGAGCAAACACUCGAUCCAGCAGACUCUUGAUUCUACCGAUUUGUUCGAGAUUUACAGUAUGCUGAAGAACGUUAAAGAUGGUUUGCUCUGGGGCGGUCAAACUCAACAAAUCCAAGACACUCAGGAGUCCACUUUAGUUUCACAGCUUCCUAUUAAAGGCCAUAUUCGCAGACCAUCAACAGUCAGCGUCGCCUCGACAGCAUCUACCUCAGGAAUGAGCGACACUGAAUCUGAAGCUGGAAGCAGUAAUGAAAACGACUCGGGAAUUGAAGAAGUGGUGCAAGAAGAAUGUCGCACUGAAAGAAUCGCUCACGACUUUCAAAGACAUUUAGCUGGAUUAACCACCUCUUUAAGGCAGAUGACUGAGGCUGCUCAGUACCUGACUUGGCGCUACCAACACGACAUUGGAGGGCCUGCUUAAUUUUCUACACGGUUUAGGGUGUGAUUUACCUAUUUAGGCGCAUAUUAGUGGGGAAAAGCAUAUUUGUAGCUCAUAUUUUAUAGAGGAAACUUGCCAAUUUGUUGAUAUGAAAGAUGUGAGAUUAUAGUGAUUGCUAAAAUUACCACAUUUCAAGCUUUGGCAUAUUAUGCAAUUGUUCUACUUAGUAUUUGUCUAAAUUGCCUUGGUUUGACUCUGUAAACAUUGUGCUACUAAGUUGCCAUAAGGGCUAUAUUCAAAGAUAUUUAAUAAUUUUUCCACUGAUGUGCUGGUGCUUGUUGGUGUGAAUGAUGGAUUUGUUUGUAUGUGUGUGAGAAAGAUGGUUAUAUUUUGCAAAGUGAUAUCGUUUAGAUUAUCUAUUUUUGCUCAUUAUUUACUUUAUUUUAUUUAUUUUAGUGAGAUUUUUAGAUAGAAAUAAAUGUAAACUAUUUAUAAAAAUAAAUCACUCUAUUGAAACAAA